UGUUGCCUGGCUGGUACAGUUGUGAACAACCGGUUGGAGAGCAGACAUGCUACCACAGUCCAUUCCUGCAGGGUCGUCUUAUCUGGCGUUCUCUUGAGUUUGUGGAAAAUUACUUCGCUAUGAAGGACUCUGUGUUUGGAUCAGAACCGGUCUCUUGAUCAUAUUAAUCACCUAAAUAAAUCACGGAACCAUAAAGUCGGUUGAGGAGCGGCAGUUUGAAUCCAGUCGGGGUCUGCUUCAACGUCUGCGGGAAUGGCAGCCCCUCGACCGAUAAAAGGGAUCUUGAAGAACAAGAACAGCGCCCGAAACGUGACAUCGCAGCCCGAAGAAUUGCCAGAGGAGAACGUAGAACACUCCCCGCCGGUUCUCUCUGAAGAUGAUCAUCAAAAGAAAUCUGCGAAAUGGGAUGAGAUGAACAUCCUGGCUACAUACCAUCCAGCUGACAAAGACUACGGCCUGAUGAAGAUCGAUGAACCCAGCACUCCUUAUAACAGGAUGGUUGGGGAUGAUGAUGAUGAGGGGACACACAGUGACUCAGACGGCCGGAGUGGACUUGAAGCUGAUGACCUGGCCUCAAAGCUAGUGGCCGCUGAGGGCGAAGAACCUCGCUUUAUGAAAGAAGAGGAAGAGGAAGAAGUUGAAGAAAGCAGUGAGGAGGAAGAAGAGGAGCUGACACCAGAAGAACAAGCAAAAAAGAAGCAGUUUCAGAUGAUGAGGAAGAUGCAUUAUAAUGAGGGCCUGAACAUAAAGCUGGCUCGUCAGCUGAUUGCCAAAGAGCUUGAGGAGGAUGAGGAUGAAGAUGAAGAUGAAGAGAUGAGGGACGAUACCGAGGAGACCGAGGAGAUCAGUGUUGACCCGCCACAGGAAGGUGAAUCGUAGACGAGGCCCGUCUCUCACCUUCAGCUCUGUGUCGACUCCAAACUCUUAAACAUGCAGCAGACACCAGUUCAGCACCUGUAACAUCAUCUCUCAACAGCCAGUAACGUUCUGGUCACCUAUCUCAUCUUCUGUAGAACUAGUGCAAUACAACCUUCCAAAAUAAAACAAACCUCCUGGAGUCAACACACACACACACACACACGCACACAGACUGUUUCCUGUCCUGCUUCUCGUCUCCUGUUGCCAAGAAUGUCCUCCCUCCUCACAGCUUGUCUGGACUGGCUUUGCACUGAUGGAUAUGUUAUUCUGACCCUGAGAGGAGGAUCAAAGCCUUUUCAAAAAAAAAAAGAAUAAAACAAACAACAAAAACUUGAACAACGUCAAUAACCGGACUAACUGAACCAGCGUGCUGGUCCUGGAAGAAGCCAGAGGAAACCCCACAUCCGAGACAUGAGCGUGCUCAGAUGGAUCUUUUAUUUUUUCCUCCCUUGUGACCGACCAGGUGUUGCUUUUUGUUCUUUUAUCAAUACUUGUGAUCAGAGCUGGUUAAGAAGACGUUUGGCUUUAAACAAUUAAAGUGUUUAUUUGGU